CACAAAGUCUUUCAAAAUUCACCUAGAACCUUUUGUCAUUCUCAUAAGAUCUUAACUAUGGCGGAAGAGAAGCACCAGCAACUGUGUCACUGCAGCCAAAAAGGCGAGAAAGUUGAUGAUUAUAAGGGAGCAGAAGCUGAUGUUGGCACCUGCGUCUUGGAGAAGCACGUCGACAUCCGUAAGGUACAAAUGGAGAUAACUGCGCAGGCUGCAAUAGGAAUUAAGGGAUUUGCCUUCCAAAAGCAUCAUAAACAGAAAGAAGUCAAGAAAGAGGAUGAAAAGAAGCACCAACACCUCUUUUUCCACAAGGAAAGUAGGGAAGCUAUUGAUUCCAAGCAGGAGAAGCACCCCAAGUAUCUUGAGCACUUGGGUAAACUAGGCAUUGAUAUUACUGGUGCUUGCGCCUUGAAUGAGAAGUAUAAGGAAAAGAUAGGCUUAGCUCAUGCCCAUAUCCACAAUGUAAAAGCACAAAUAGGUGAAGCAGCUGUGCGAGGAGCUGAGGAAUUUAUCUUCCAAAAGCAUCUUGGGAAGAAAGAAGCCAAGAAAAAUAAAGAAUUGCAUGAAAAGAAGCACCACCACCUCUUUUACCCCCACAAGAAAAGUCAAGAAGCUAUUGACUACAAGGAGGAAGAGAAGAAGCACCACGAGCAUCUUGAGUGCUUUGUUAAACUAGGUGCUGGUAUUACUGGCACUUCUGCCUUGAAUGAGAAGCAUAAGGAAGAGAAAGACUUAGAGCAUGUCCAGAUUCACAAGGCAAAAGUAGAGAUAGCCGCAGCAACUGCUAAAGAAGUUGAGGCAUUUACUUUCCAAGAGCAUCAUGAGGAGAAAGAAGCCAAGAAAAAGGAUGAAGAAGUGCAUGAAAAGAAGCACUGCCACCUCCUUUACCACGAGAAGGAAAGUGAGGAAAAUAUUGACUACAAUGAGGAAGAGAAGCACCAAAAGCAUCUUGAGGACUUGAGUAAACUAGAUGUUGGAAAUACUGGCGCUUGCACACUGCACGAGGAAAAGAAAAUUUCAGAGAAUGCCCACAGUCACAAGGUAAAAGCAGAGGUAGAAGCAGGAGCUGCAGCAGGAGCUACAGGAUUUGCUUUUCAUGAGCAUCAUGACAAAAAAGAAGCUAAGAAAGAGGAUGAAGUAUUGCUUGAAAAGAAUCACUACUACCACUUGUAUCACCACAAAGAAAGCGAGAAUGUUGUUGAUUACAAGGAGGAGGAGAAAUACUACAAGCAUUCUGAGAACUUGGGUAGGCUAGAUGUUGCUGCUACUGGCGCUCACGCCUUGCAUGAGAAGCGCGAGGAAAGAAAAGACUCAGAGAGUGCCUAUAGCCACAAGAUAAAAGAGGAGAUAGAUGCAGCAGCUGCAAUAGGAGCUGAGGGAUUUGCCAUCCACGAGCAGUAUGAGAAGAAAGGAGGCGAGGAUGUUAUUGAUUACAAGGAGAAGGAGCACUACAAGUAUUUUGAGCAGUUGGGUGAAAUGGAUGCCAGUACUGCUAGAGCUCAUGCCUUGCAUGAGAAGCGUGAAGCAGAAAAAGCCCAAGAGCAUGCUUAUAACUGUGAGGGAAACGAGAAGAUAGUUGCAAUGUCUGCUAUUGAAGCUAAGGGAUUUACCUUCCAUGAGCAUCAUGAAAAAAAAGAAGCCAAGAAAAAGGAUGAAGAAGAGCAUGAAAAGAAUCAUCGCCACCUCUUUUACCACCAGAAGGAAAGCAAGGAAAAUAUUGACUAUAAAGAGGAAGAGAAACACCACAAGCUUCUUGAGCACUUGAGUAAACUAAGUGCUGGUGUUACCGGUGAUUAUGCAUUGCAUGAGAAGAAAACGGAAAAGAAAGAUUUAGAGCAUGCCCACAAUCAUGAGAUAAAAGCAGAGACAGUUGCAGUAGCUAUAACAGAAGCUGAGGGAUGUGCCUUCCAUGAGCAUCAUAAGAAAAAAGAGGCCAAGAAAGAGGAUGAAGUAGCCUAUGAAAAGAAGCACUACUACCACAAAGAAGGCGAGAUUGUUGUUGAUUAUGGGGAGGAUAAGCACCACAAGUAUUCUGAGAACUUGAGUAGGCCAGAUGUUAUUGCUGCUAGCGUUUAUGCUUUGUAUGAGAAGGGCAAGGAAAAGAAAGACUUAGAGCAUGCCCACUGCCACAAGAUACAAGAGAAGAAAACUGCAACAACUGUAGGAGGAGUUGAGGAAUUUGCCCUUCAUAAGCAUCAUGAGAAAAAGGAAGGUGAGGAUGUUGUUGAUUAUGAGAAGGGGAAGAAGCACCACAAGCAUUUUGAGCACUUGAGCGAAAUGGGUUUCGUUUCUGCUAGCACUUAUGCCUUGCAUGAUAAGAAUGAAGCAAAAAAAGACCAAGAGCAUGCUUCUAGCUAUGAGGGAAAAGAGGAGACAGCUGCAAUGUCUGCGGUUGGAGCUGAGAGAUUUGCCUUCAAUGAGUAUCAUGAAAAGAAAGAAGCCAAGAAAGAGAUUGAAGAAAUCCAUGGAAAAAAGCCCCACUACCUCCUUUACCAUUACAAGGAAAGCAAUGAAGCUAUUGAUUACAAGGAAGAGGAGAAGCGCCUGAAGCAUCUUGAGCAUUUGGGUAAAUUAGGGGUUAGUGCCGGUGUUGUUGUUGCUGGUGCUCAUUCCUUGCAUGAGGAAAAUAAGGACUUAGAGCAUGCCCAGAGCCACAAGGUAAAAGUGAACAUAGGUGCAGCAAGUGGUGAGAGAUUUGCCUUUCUUGAGCAUCAUAAGCUAAAAGGAGCCAAUCAAGAGAAUAAAGAAGCACAUGGAGAGAAGCAUUACCGCCAGCUUUUCUACCGCAAGGAAGGCAAUGAUGUUGUUGAUUACAAAGAAGAAGAGAAGCACAAGUAUUUUUGAGCACUUCGGUUCAGCAUAAGAAGUAUGAGGCAAAAAGAAACUAAUUAAAGUUAUAGUUACAAGGAAAAAUAGGAGAUAGCUACAGCAACUGCGAUCGGAGCUAAGAGUUUUGCCAGACUUGAACAUCAUCAAAAGGAAUAAACCAAGAGAAAAUAGGAUAAACAAACUCAGAGAAAGAAACUCCACCAUCUUUAUGUUUUUAUGUAUUUGUGAAUGUUUUCAUAAGUAUUAUAUAUAUCCACAAGUUGGAUCGAGUUUGGUGU